AUGCAAAGAAAUCCCAAAAACUUAAGAUCAAUGGAUUGUACAUCUCAACUUGUUAGGAAAUUAUUCAACAAAAAGUUUUCUUGUGGCAAAACAAAAACAGCACAAAUAAUAAAAAAUGUUUUUUAUCCAUAUGCAAAUGAAAUGCUAAAAAUUGAACUGUCUAAAUGUAAUUUUAUUAGUGUCUUAACAGACGCGUCAAAUCAUCAUUCUCAAAAAAUGGUACCUGUAAUGAUUCGUUAUUUUAUUCCAAAUGAAGGAGUUAAAACUAAAAUACUCGAGUUUGACGAGUUGUCAGGUGAAACAUCUUUUCUACUAACUGAUUAUAUUUCAAAAGUUUUAUCCCACUGGGACGUCUUAAAAAAAGUAAUAGCUUUUUCGGCCGAUAACACUAAUACAAAUUUUGGCGGUGUUAAUAGAAGAGGAAAAAACAAUGUUUUUUACAAAUUAAAAGAAUCAAUUAACACAAAUUUGAUUGGUAUUGGUUGUGCUGCACAUAUUUUAAAUAACUCAAUACAAACUGCUGCUGACACUUUGGCUAUUGACAUUCAAGCGGUAGUGGGAAAAAUAUUUCAACAUUUCUAUAUAUAUACUGUUAGAGUCCACUCACUAAAAGAGUUUUGUGAUUUUGUUAAUAUAGAAUACAAAUCAGUAUUAGGGCAUUCAAAAACUCGUUGGUUAUCGCUAUAUCCGGCAUUGACAAGACUUAUUGAAAUGUUUGAGGGAUUGAAGUCUUAUUUUUUAUCUAUUGAAAAAUGUCCAGCCAUGCUAAAAAUUUUUUUUGAAAAUCCAUUGUCACUUCUUCUUACAAUAUUUCUUCAAACUCAAUGUGAACUCUUUUUUAAUACAACUAAAAGUGUCGAAACAGCCAAUUUGUCUAUCGUCGAAAAAAACCAAAAGAUUAAAUCUUUUAACUCGUUGGAUGAAAAAUGGACCUAUGUUUUUCAAACAGCAGAUAUCGAUGAAGACUUUCCAAAUUUAAAAAUCGUUGUGGAAUUUUUAAUGUGUAUUCCUGGUUCUAAUGCAAAUGUUGAACGAAUUUUCUCCGACAUGAAUAACUUGUGGACUGAUGAUAAAAGCCGAUUUGAUGUUAAAACUGUUAAAGCCAU